GGCUCCAUUCCUAUUGAAAUAGGGAAGAUGGAGUCACUUGAGGAGUUGAGCUUGCACGACAACAAUCUCUCUGGACCAAUUCCCAAAAUAAUAGGAGACUUGACUGAGCUCAAACUCUUGCACCUUUAUUCCAAUCAACUUUCCGGUCCCAUUCCUAGUGAGUUAGGGAAUCUGAAAAACCUGAGUGAUUUGGAAUUAUCCAAUAACUCACUUACCGGUCAAAUUCCUCCUUCCUUCGGAAAUUUGAGAAACUUGCAGAUUUUGUUUCUCCGUCACAACAAACUUUCUGGUUCUAUUCCAAAAGAACUUGGAUAUUUAGAUAACUUGGUUGUGCUGGAAAUGGAUGAAAAUCAGUUUUCAGGCCAUUUGCCUGAGCAUCUUUGCCAAGGUGGGAAACUUGAAAUCUUCACGGUGAAUAGUAACAAUCUGUCAGGGCCAAUACCAAGAAGCUUAAGCAAGUGCUCGAGUUUUAAAAGGGUUCGCUUUGAUAACAACAGUUUUACUGGCAAUUUAUCUGAAGCUUUUGGUAUCUAUCCGGAUCUUGAGUUAAUUUAUUUGAGCAAAAAUGAUUUUCAUGGUGAGCUCAGCAGCAACUGGUGGAAAUGCAAGAAUUUGACUGAUUUGCUGAUAGACGGAAAUAGAAUUGGUGGUUGCAUACCACCAGAGAUCGGAAACCUGAAAGGGCUUCAACGACUUGAUCUUUCAUCAAAUCAUUUGGUUGGGAUGAUUCCUGGGGAAUUUGGAAAAUUGACCUCUCUAGAGUAUCUUUUUUUGCAAAAUAACCACAUUUCUGGCAAUAUACCUGGGGAACUUGGGGCACUGACAAAGUUAGAUUCCCUUGACCUGUCAAACAAUAGAUUGAAUGGGUCGAUACCAACGUUUAUAGAAGAUUACAGGCACGUGUUUCUCUUGAACCUGAGCAACAAUAAGUUCGGCCAGAAAAUUCCAAAGGAGAUAGGGAGUAUAACUCAACUUAAUGUACUUGAUUUGAGCCAUAAUCUUCUAGUUGGAGAAAUACCCCCUCAGUUAGCCAAUUUGAAUUCCUUGGUAAGCUUUAAUCUUUCCCACAACAGGCUUUCUGGCCGCAUUCCUGAAGAACUUGAAAGCUUGACUGGUUUGCAGGAUUCAUUAGAAGGUAAUACAGGUCUUUGCGGCAAUGUAACAGGAUUCCAACCUUGCGAAAGGCCAUUUUCUAUGGUGAAGAAGCACUCAAUGGCCAAGGGACACAAACUCAUCCUUAUAACUGUACUUCCUAUUCUGGGAGCACUAGUGCUUCUCUGUGCUCUCGCUGGUGCUCUCCUUAUGCGUGACCAAAGAAGAAGAGUUAGAGAUGUUGAAAGACGGGAUUCUAUUAAAAAAGAUGAUGGUCUGCUUUCGAUAUCCACGUUACAUGGAAGUUCAUUAUACUGGGAUAUCUUAAAAGCCACAGAGGAGUUCGAUGCAACAUUUUGCAUUGGGAAAGGAGGGUUCGGAAGCGUUUACAAGGUAAAUCUUCCAUCAUUGGGGAAUGUAGCUGUGAAGCGACUUCAUUCUUCAUUUGAGAUUAAGCAUCGCAAAAGCUUUAUGAAUGAGGUAAGGGCUUUGACAGGGAUUAAGCAUCGAAACAUUGUGAGACUCUACGGCUUUUGUUCGAAUGCACAACACUCGUUUUUGGUUUACGAGUACAUGGAGAGGGGGAGUUUCUCUAGUAUUUUGAGCAACGAAGUAGAGUCCAAGAAAUUGGAUUGGUUUAAAAGAGUGAAUAUCAUCAAAGGUGUUGGUUAUGCUUUAUCCUACAUGCACCACGAUUGCUCACCCCCAAUUGUUCAUCGAGACAUAUCAAGCAGUAAUGUUUUGCUUGAUCCCGAGUUUGAACCUCGUGUUUCAGAUUUUGGCAUAGCUAAGAUUCUGAAGCCAAACUCAUCCAAUUGUACUGCACUUGCAGGCACAUAUGGCUAUGUAGCACCCGAGCUUGCCUAUACAAUGAAGGUGACAGAAAUGUGUGACGUCUAUAGCUUUGGAGUAUUAGCGUUGGAGGUAAUCAAAGGAAAGCAUCUUGGGGAAUACCUUACUCAGCUAGCAAAAUCAUCGACAAGAGAUGUGCAGCUUAGCAAUUUGCUAGAUGAACGGCUUCCACAUCCUGAAGAUGAAGUGAAAGAGCUUUUAGUUUUCAUCAUCAAGCUAGCACGCUCGUGUUUACUAGAAAAUCCAAAAUCAAGGCCAACGAUGCACUUCAUCUCUCAUAUGUUAUCAAUGGAUCCACCCAAUUAUCAAAUUCCAUGAAGGUGAGAUUCUCCGAGAUGUAAGCUGUCCUUGUGUGGAAACGGUCAUGCUUGGCACCAAGUCGUUAUGAAAUGAAAUAAUAAUAAGUUUGUUGAUCAGAACUGGCCUUUCUGUAUUGUUGGGUUGCAUAUGUAGAUUACUUAUUUCAAUGUCCUUGUACUAGAUUAUAUACAAAUUCCAGUAUACCGUGGAAGGUAAUUACUAUUUAUUUUCCUUGUGACCGUAAGUUAUAAGUAAAAAAAGCAAGUUCCAUGUUCUUUAAA